AUGGGGUGGGCUGGCCUACUAUUUUGGAUGUGGACGAGUUCAAAGAGUGAUCACAUGCCUCCACUAGCCAGAUUCAAGCGGGAUUAUCUCAUCAUCCAACGCCUUGAUCUUGCCAUCAAAACAUCUAUCCAGCCAUCAGAGACUCUAGUCAAAGCACCGACUGGGUCGGACAACGUCCCAUCAACUGCAUCAAAUAUGGCCAAGGGGGAUCGAAGAAAACGCGCAAGUCAGCUACAACAGCGGCUUCAAAAGCCAUCAUUAAAGCAAAUACUUUCAAUGAACAUUGAAGAUAUGCCACAACUUGUCAUGAGCUAUGCCGGACCAGAUAGUAUCGACAAGCAACAGGAUGUUAUUCAGUAUUGUCUUCAACGAAUACUUCAAGGCCCGCGUCCAGAUCCUGAGUGUACUCUUCAGCCACGCAUAGAACAAGUCCGUAUACUUCGGCGCAUGAUAUAUGGAUAUAGCGACACUUUAUUCAUUGCCAGAACUGGCUAUGGAAAGAGCCUUAUUCUUCAAUCCUAUACAAUUCUGACAGGAAAGAUAACCAUUCAACUGGUUCCUCUAAACAAGCUUGGUGAUCAGCAAACAAGAGAUAUAGCACGGUUUCCCGGUGCCAAUCCUUGUCUGGUCAGUGCUGAUAAUCUCCAGGGGCAAGAAGACUUACUCAAACGCAUUCAACAAGGUGAGUAUACACAUAUACUGCUCAGUCCAGAGCAAGCUCUUUGCAAGCGAUUUCAGCAUGUUCUUCAAGACCCUACUUUACAAGAAAAGAUUGGGCUUGUAGCUAUCGAUGAGUGUCAUCUUGUCACACAGUGGAGUCAAUUCCGUAGUCAGUUUGCCAGGCUGGGGCACCUGAGAUUGCUUCUUCGUGAGGAUAUUGUCUGGUUUGGCUGUUCCGCAACCCUCAGCAGUAAAGCUGAAGAUAUCAUUCUUCAAGAGGCUGGAUUUCGUUCUAUUGGUGUAAACCCACGGCAGACUCAGGUUAUUCGAACUUCCAUUAACCGUCCUGAUAUCUUUAUCGGCGUACAUCCGAUUCCACGCGGUAAACUUGUAUCCUAUGAUAUGUUAUAUUUUUUAUUGAACGAGGCCAUUGAUACAGAUGGAAAGAUCAUACCUCAACACAUUUUAAAGACCAUUGUCUUUAUUGACAGUCAUGUCAAGGUUCAACAAGCAGUGCAAUAUUUCCGAUCAAUACUUCUUCAGAUCUGUCAGAAUAACAGGCAGAAUGUCAACAAUACUGACACCUCUUUCAUCAAUGACACCAUUCAGCAUUUCACAUCUCGAGUGUCUGAAGUGGAUCAGAAUAUUCGCUUCGAGGAGUUCAUGAAACCUAAGUCAAUGGUAUCCAGAUCAGAAUCGUGA